AAGGGUGAUUUCCGCUGCGGAAGUCGGAGCUGCAUGUAAACAAAGCGGCGAUGAAGAUAAACUCACAUAUUAAUAAAAUAUAGGUAAAAAAAAGUAGAAUUUGUUCGAACGGACUAGGAGCCGAGGGUCUGAAUUAUGGAGCUCCGUGGGGACUGAACCAGCACCAGAAUCAUGUCCAUGGAGGAUCCGUUCUUCGUCGUCAAAGGGGAGGUACAGAAGGCAGUGAAUGCAGCACAGAGCCUCCAUCACAGAUGGAGCGAGCUGCUGCAGGAGGGUGGUGGAGCCUCCAAAGAGGAAAUGGACUGGACGACCAAUGAGCUGAGAAACAGUCUGCGGUCCAUCGAGUGGGACCUGGAGGACCUUGAUGAGACCAUCAGCAUAGUUGAAUCGAACCCGAAGAAGUUCAACCUGGACGCCGCUGAGCUGUCGAAGAGGAAAGCCUUCAUCACCAGCACCAGACAGACGGUCAAGGAAAUGAAAGAACAGAUGUCGAGUCCAGCUGCUGCCUCCAUGGACAGAAAGAACAAACAGGCUCUGCUUGGUGAACAUGGGGCUCCUGGUCCGGUCUGGCAGCCUGGUCCUGACAAAUACAGCCGCCUGGACCGCCAGCUGCAGAACGCCAACUCUCAUUUUAUAGAGGAGCAGCAGGUUCAGCAGCAGCUGAUCGCAGAGCAGCAGGACGAACAGCUGGAGCUUGUGUCAGGAACCAUCGGCGUCUUAAAGAACAUGUCGGAGAGGAUCGGCAUGGAGCUAGAUGAACAGGCUGUGAUGCUGGACGACUUCAGCCAUGAGAUGGACAGCACUCAGUCAAGACUGGACAACGUCAUGAAGAAACUGGCCAAAGUCUCCCACAUGACCAGUGAUCGUCGUCAGUGGUGUGCAAUCGGAGUGUUGCUCGCCAUCCUCUUUGUGGUCAUCCUCCUCUUCUUCGUCCUCUGAUUGAUGCCUCCUCCUGUCACCACAAAACUCAUCUUAAUCCUGUGUCUACUGGACUCUACUGGAUUCUUCCUGACUCUACUGAACUUUACUGGAGUCUUUACCCUCUGAUCUGUGAGAUCACCCUCAUGCUCCUCCAUCUUCAAGUCCAGACAUAUUGUAUUCUAGGGGUUUUACGAUUCCCUCUGUCCUUACCCCUUUGUAUCAGAUAAGGACUCUGGACUCUCCUAGACUCAACUGGACUUGUAAUCAGUAUCACCCUAAAAGUGGAUUCGAUAGGACUACUUGAUUGUCCUGGCUACUGGAUGUUCUUUUCCUGCUGAGUAGGACUGAAAAGGCGCUCUUGGUUGUUAGUUAGUCAUCGGAGAGGUCAAAGGUCAAGUUGGUGGACAGAUGUUGGUCUACUGAUGUUUGAUAUUUUAGGAAAUUGUUUCUGUUUGUUUGGAUUAACUCCAGUUCAAUACUGGUUUAACUCCAGUUUAACUUCACUUUAAAACCAGUUUAACUCCAGUUUAACUGUAUUUAAAACCAGUACAACUUUAGUUUAACUUCACUUUAAAACCAGUUCAACUCCAGUUUAACUCUACUUUUAAACCAGUACAACUCCAGUUUAACUUUACUUUAAAAUCACUUCAACAUUUAACUUCAAUACUGGUUUCAUUCCAGUUUAACUUCACUUUAAAACCAGUUUAACUUUCUCCAUUUAAACUGUGUUGAACAGCACUUUUAAGUCCACGUUAACUCCGGUUUAAGCCUGGUACAGUUCAGGUUUAACUCUUAUUUAAACUCCAGUUAAUAACACUAAAACUUUGUGUUGAUGUUUUGUUGUUUACAGUUUGUUUUUGUUUUAUUGACUGAUGCAGUGUUUGAGAUUUGAUUUAUUUUCAUUGUUUCUUGUACCGCAUCAAUCAGCAGACUGAUCAGCACUUCAUUUAUCAGUGUUACUUAUUCAAACCACACACUUCCUGCUGCUGCUUCACAACAAAAGCCUUUCUCCAGGGAAACUCUGCCGGAAGUGCAGUCCUGAAGGUUUGUGAGAGAGUGAACUGCAUGUUUGAUAUAAAUUGGCUGAAAUCGGAUGAACAGGUGAGCUGUUAGACGAAGAAGCCAAUCACAUUGUCCCACAUCAUCAGGUUUAUGGUACGCUUGGCGGGAAAAUCUCAGCUACACAAACUUGAGAUGAAAUGUAAAAAUAUUUCCUGUUUGAAUAUAAUACAACCAGAGUGUUGAGAACUGAUGAGAAUAAAACUCAUGAAAUAUUGA